AUGGAAAGGAGACCAAAACCUUCCCAGGCUGGACAGAGGACUAUGUUUUCAUCAGUGAAAUCGUUCAAAGAUCAGAAGUAUCAUGAACUCAAGCAGCAGUGCAUCAAACAAGGACGACUCUUUGAAGAUCCUGAGUUUCCAGCAUCGGACGAAUCCCUUUUCUACAACAGGUGCCCCCCUGGAAGAGUGGAAUGGAAGCGGCCAAAGGAGCUCUGUGAAGACCCACACCUGUUUGUGAAUGGAAUCAGCGCCCAUGACUUGCACCAAGGGAAGCUGGGGAACUGCUGGUUUGUGGCGGCUUGCUCCUGCUUGGCUCUUCGGGAGAAUCUCUGGCGAAACGUGAUUCCAAGCUUUAAGGAACAAGAAUGGGAUUCAAAGAGACCCCAGAAAUAUGCUGGGAUUUUUCACUUCCAGUUCUGGUAUUUUGGACAGUGGACUGAUGUUGUCAUAGAUGAUAGAUUGCCAACAAUUAAUGGGGAGCUGAUCUACUGCCAUUCCAACGUGGAGAAUGAAUUCUGGAGCGCACUACUGGAGAAAGCUUAUGCAAAGCUGGCUGAGUCUUAUGAAGCCCUGGAUGGAGGCACUGCUGCAGAUGCAAUUGUCGAUUUCACUGGAGCAGUGGCAGAAUCCAUUGACCUGGUAAAGGGCAAAUAUUGUGAGAAUAUUUCUGAGCAAAUGAAGCUGUUUGAAGACUUGCUGAAAGUACAUAAAAGAGGCGGGUUAAUCAGCUGUUCCAUCGCGACUUCAUCCCCCAAUGACACCGAGGUGGAGACAAAGAUGGGUCUGAUCAUAGGCCAUGCCUACUCGGUGACGGCAAUUCAGAAGGUGCGCCUCGGAGAGAGGCUCCUGUUCUCUUUUAAGUCAGAAAAGCUCUUCAUGAUCAGAAUGAGGAAUCCGUGGGGAAAGAAGGAGUGGAACGGUGCAUGGAGUGACCAGUCUGAAGAAUGGAAGAAAGUGAGUGACUCAGAGCGUAAGAGCUUGGGACUCACUGUACAAAAUGAUGGCGAGUUCUGGAUGACAUUUGAUGACUGGUGUCAGAACUUCACCGAUGUUGACGUCUGUCGUAUUGUGAACACUUCAUACUUCAGCAUCCACAAAACCUGGGAGAAAAAAAUGGUGCGCGGGGCGUGGACCAAGCAUUCAGAACCACUGAAAAACCGCUCCGGAGGAUGUUUCGAUUACAGAGCCACCUUCUUACAGAAUCCCCAGUAUGUCUUCGAUGUCAAGAAGGGUGAGGACAAAGUGCUGAUUUCACUACAGCAAGAGGAUCAGCGCAUUUACAAGAAAGAUGGGAAAGGGGACAACUUCCCUAUUGGCUUUGAAAUCUUCAAGGUGGAGCUUAACAGAGACUAUCGGAUACACAAGCUGCAAAUACAAGAGCGAGUGGCAACCUCCAUUUAUGUCAAUACACGCACUGUGUUCCUGAGGAAGUUCCUUGCACGGGGUCGCUAUGUUCUUAUCCCAACAACACACUAUCCUGGCAUUGUCACUGCAUUUAUCCUGAGGCUCUUUACAGAUGUGCCAUCAAAACUCAGGGAGCUGAAGCUAGAUAAGCCUAAAUGGACAUGCUGGAGCAUUCUGUGUGGUUACCCUCGCAUAGUCACCGAAAUUAAAAUUCACUCCGCAGAAGGUCUACAGAGGCAAGACAGAUCAGGUGGAGCAGAUCCCUACCUGAUUAUCAAGUGUGAGAAUCAAAAAGUUCGCUCUGCUGUCCAGCAAGACACCGUCAGUGCCAUUUUUGACACACAAGCACUUUUCUACAGAAAGAACAUCAAGAGUCCCAUAAUUGUCCAGGUCUGGAAUAGCAACGUCUUGUGUGACCAGUUCCUUGGACAAGUGCUGCUGGCAGCACUCCCUGAUGACCCCAGAGAACCGCAGACUCUCCAGCUCCGGGGAAAAGGCGGCCGAGAAGCAGACGAAAUGCCAGGUCACAUCACCGUCAAGGUUGUUUCCAGUGACGACCUCAUGGAGCUAUGA